AUGGUGUCGUUUCUUGUCGUCGUAGCUCUCAUUCUCGGUUCGAUUAGUAUUAGCAAUGGUGCUGCUAUCCGUUCCAAUUCUGGUGAUGUCAGUAUUGAAGUGGUAGUUCCUCGUGGUCUAACACGAAAAGCAUAUUUUCGAUCGAUCAUCGAUUUUUGGACGCCAGAACGAAUGGCUUCGGCUCGACCGGUGGAACCACCUACCAUUGUGAAUCAUCAAACCCCUUUCGGCGACAAUCGCAAUGGCGAUGAAAAUGCUAUUGAAAGAAUUUUGACACCAAGUGCCCCUCUACUAAGUAAAGGUGUUGGAGAUCCUAAUGCAGCUGGCAAGGUUUUCUUCGCCAUGAAUGAUUUAACAUAUAUCUGUUCCGGUUCGGUGGUGAAUGCAGAAAAUCGCAAUACGAUCGUGACGGCUGGUCACUGUAUGUAUAAUAAUACUGCUAACCAAUGGGCAACUAACUGGAUUUUUGUGCCAAAUUACUCGCGUGACGGACGCCCUUUCGGUUCGUUCGCAGCACGUGAAUUAGUAACCACAGAAGCAUGGAUGGCUAAAGUAGAUUACAACAAUGAUGUUGCCAUUGCUUUGUUAGAGCCAAAUGAGGAAGGCAAACACGUACAAGAUUUGACUGGAGCCUUCGGUAUUUCUCUUAAUGCGGCCAAAGAAGACAAUACGAACGUAUUCGGUUAUCCGAUAAAUAGUGACAAGGGUGAAACGAUGGAUACAUGUGCUGCAGCAACAUCGGCAACUUCAGUUCUAUUGGGUAUGAUAUUCAACUUCAAAGGAAUUCAAAUAACCUGUGGAAUGAAUGGUGGCUCAUCCGGUGGUCCAUGGCUACGCAACUAUGACAGCAAUACUGGCUCAGGUCAACAAGUUUCGGUGACUAGUUUUGGCUCAACACUUGCAUCAGGCAAAAUUCAAGGUCCUCUGUUCGUCGAAGAAAAUAUCGGUCAACUUUUUACUAAAUAUCAAAAUAAAUAA